UGACCGGGAUAUCCAACGAGGGAUAAGAGAGAAAAUAUAGAUAAGAAGCAAGGGUAAAAUGGUAAAAGAAUGAUUCGUUUUAGCUCCUUAUAAAGCCCUCUCUCUCUUCUCCCUCUCGCCCCAUUUGAUUUCUCCCCCCUUGCUUUUGUAUCUUCUCGCAGUGGAGAGAGAGAGAGAUGAGAACGAGGAGAGGAUUUUCAUACCCUACAAUACAUCUCCAGAGCGAGAAAUCGAAGGAGAAAACGAAAAGGAAGCGAUUUUUCGCCGUAGGCGAAGAUUAUCUCGACCGGAAAAGGCCAAAGCUAGCGCCGGAGAUUGCCGGAGAAUCGGAUUUCUUCGACGGAUUGCCGGAUGAUCUCGUCGUUUGCAUCCUCUACAAGCUCAGUUCUACAGCUUCUUCUCCUUCCGAUUUCGUCAACGUCCUUUCAACAUGCAAGAGAUUGAACGGAUUAGGUUUACAUCCUCUCGUGUUGUCAAGAGCUUCUCCGAAAUCUUUGGCUUUGAGUGCUAAGAACUGGUCGGAAUCCGCUCAUCGGUUCUUGAAGCUCUGCGCCGAUGCGGGCAACAUCGACGCCUGUUAUUCUCUCGGCAUGAUCCGAUUCUACUGCCUCCAGAGCCGAGGCAGUGGUGCGUCGUUGAUGGCAAAAGCCGCGAUUGGCUCGCACGCCCCGGCCCUCUACUCGCUCGCAGUCAUCCAGUUCAACGGCAGCGGCGGCUCCAAGAACGACAAGGAUCUCCGAGCCGGCGUCGCCCUCUGUGCACGAGCCGCCUUCCUCGGCCACGUCGACGCCCUCCGUGAGCUAGGCCACUGCCUUCAGGACGGCUACGGCGUCCGUCAGAACAUCGCCGAGGGCCGACGAUUCCUCGUCCAGGCCAACGCCCGUGAACUUGCCUCCGUCCUCGCCUCUUCUUCCUCCUGUCCGCCGUCGACGUGGCACCACCACCACCACCACGGCCACCGGCACGCGAUCGGGUCGGGCUGCCCGCUGCUGAGCGAUUUCGGAUGCAACGUGCCGGCCCAAGAGGCCCACCCCGCGAACCGGUUCUUGGUGGAGUGGUUCGAGUCGAAAGGGGGCGUGCCGGGCCGGGACGGCCUGAGACUAUGCUCGCACGCGUUGUGCGGGCGGCCGGAGACGAGGCGGCACGAGUUCCGGAGGUGCUCCGUGUGCGGAGCUGUGAACUACUGCUCCCGCGCGUGCCAGGCUCUCGACUGGAAGCUGCGGCACAAGGUGGAGUGCGCACCCAUGGAGCAGUGGCUCGAGGACGAAGACGACGAGGACGAGGACGACGACGCUCAUGAUAACGGUGACGGCGACGCUAACGGAGAGGAGGAUAGGAUGGUUGUGGAAGAGGAAGAUGGCGAAGACGGCGGAUCCGUUGUGGAACGCUGACGGCGACGGUAACGGAGAGAUGGGGUAAUGUAUAGUUUUCUUAAAAAAAAAAAAAAAUUGGGGGACGGUAUUUUUGUAAUAUAGAGGUAACGGCAGGUUUAAAUUCGAAGAGGGUUUUUCUUUCUUUUUUAAUUUUACCUGGGUGGGUGGAACGGAAUGGGAUUUUGGGUCUUGGAGGCCGAGUAUGGAGAGCAAAUAGGGGGAGUAUUUAUGUCGGCUCGGCGUCUUUGUAACCGUUUUUUGCCUUUCACAAUUUCGACGAAGCUCUUUGUUUUUUUUAACAGAAACCUUGGAAUUUUUUAGUUUGAUUAUUUUUUUCGAAAUGCAAAUACGAUGUUUGAGUCUG